GAGGAAACAAACCUCCAUCCUCUAAAAGAAUCAUCAUCAUCAAUCAUUGACGAGGCUAAAAAUUGAGGAUAAGAAGUCAUCGUCAAGUUCAAAAGCUUGCGAUAGCCUAAAUAUACACAUUAUCACAAUUCUGAACAUUUCAAGCAAAUCCCUAAACAUCAUUCUAUCACCACUUACCUUUUACAGGCGAUAAUAUCAUCAUAUUUUGUAAUAAACUGUUUUAGAAAAUAAAGUAUGAUCCCACGGCUCAGCACUACCACUAGCUCAUUCUGUUUUGCAUUGGAAAACGCCCCCAGCAACACGCCAAUUCGACGGCUAUUUUUCCACACUCGCGCACCAAUAAUUGCCUUAAAAAGUAUUUCACUUGCACGACAAACUCUCAUAGAAUGUAAAUUGGGCACAGUUAUCACUGUUUAUUAACUAAAAUAAAAGAAAACUGCGUUUUAUUUAGUCACUUUAUGAACUCAUAAAAUGCAAUCACUACAUCUCGGCUGCUAUACUAAUACAUAACAUUAUGUGUGGCAAUAUCCUUGCGAACAUGUGUGAGCCUUGCAAUCAUUGACCAGCAUUGCCAGAAAAACGCUUCCAUUAUUCGAAAUAAAGCUAAUAAAAUGAUCGUUUAUUCUGAACAAAUAAACAUAUAUGAGUGUUUUAUAAAGUUCUUUUAUAAUAGCAUAAUGGAUUCAAGUAACUGGAUAAUGCUCAACCAUGUUUUUGCAUGAUGAAUAAUUUGAUUUCAUUUCGUGAAGUCGCUGGAAUCAGGAUGUCCGGCCGCACUGACGAAAAAACACCAUAUGCUGGAUCAUAUGUUUUUUGUUUACGUUUUGAAGCAUCAGUCGGUUCAAUAAUGUACAUGACUUAUUGAUCGUAAGUUUUUGUGGGUGAGAAUAGUUCGUGUUACUGCGAAGAAUGCCGCGAAAAACCAAGGCCCAGUUAGCUGCCAUCAAGCGUGAAGCUGAAAAAAAAGUGCCAAUCCGUAGUGUAACUGAAGCGGCUAGUGAUGGGAGUGAUUUUCAAGAAGAUUCAUGCCAAAUUCCACCGUGUGAGUGGUUCCUGGGAAGCAGAAGUUGCUAGUGAUGAUGAGUGUGAUUUCUGGGAAUAUUGCUCAGUCUGUAGCACCCAAUCAGAUUCCGGGUCUAUACGUAGUGGCUUUGAGUGGGAAGUUGACAGAGAAAUUUGUGAAACAAAUGACUCGCUGCAGUCAACAACCGUCCCGAACAGUGAAGAUGUUUGGCCGUCAUUCACCGACGACACGGCAUGUUUUUUGAGGGACUUAUCUCUACAAAGCGACUCGCUUGGUGAAUGUUCUCUUUGGACGUAUGAUGAAAUGAUGCCCCUUCCGGAUUCUGGCUCAAUCAGUCGAGAACCGGUCAGCGGCGAUGGUAGCAUUGCUUCAAUGCGAAACGUUACAUCUCUCAAUGUGACGUUGGACACAGAAAUAGGUAAGUCAAUUCGAUGUGCACAUGUUUCAUCAAAUUGAGAAUGCAAUAAUCCGAGAUUUGCCUUGGUGAUCAAGACGUUUUAUCAGGCUAAUAAUUAAUCGGUGGUUCUAAUGACCAAUUUGGUUUAAAUUAUGGUGUCCACUAUUGGUUUAUUCGUAUCCUACAGAGGACCCUUCACAAGUCUUCUCAUGUUAAACUUCCAAUAACCCUUAGAUUUGGUCAGACGUGUUAACAUUAUAAAUUUGUUGAAAUGAUUCCAUGUAUUGUCUGUAAAUAGCUUGAGAUAGACAUAAGUAAUCUCCGGCAGUCAUGGAAAAUUUUGUCAACUCAAGUAACGAGUAAAUAAAGCUCUCGGUUAAUAAAUGUGGAGAAAUUUCCAAAAUACGCUGAAAAGUAAAUCCUCUUCCCGUAAUACAGUAAAUAAGGAGAAUAUUAUGAUUACCUAUAAGCGUGCGCAGAAUAACAUGUUAAUAAACGAUUUAUUUUGAAACAAUAUCUUGUUUGAUUCAUCUGUCAUUUCAUGUACAACUGUCAUUUCUGGCUUUUAAUUAAUAAUUGAAGAUUUCAGUUUGAUGCUGGUUCAUCUUUUGAAAUAAAUAUUCUAUUAUUUUGGUUUUAAGGCGCACUUCAGGGGAAAUCAUGCCCACAAGAGGAAGCUUCAUCAUCUGACAAUACUUAUGAAGCAUGCGUUGAAGCAGACAUUUUCGAAUCGACGAAAGAUGUAGCUAGUUUCGUUACAUCUAUGGAAGAGUGUUCAAACGGUAUUUCUUAUGACGGCUUCUUAUUCAAAUGUUAUGUAUGUAUAAUAGAAUAACUAUUCCAGAAAAUUCAGCUGAUACUACAGAAGCGUCUCUUGAGAAUGGCCGUUUUUUUAAAAUCGCUGAGGUUUGCUGUCAAAAUGGUACGGAAGAAAACUUGCCUUCUAGUUCUGCGUUUCCACAUAAUAUUCAAUUGGCUCACCAAUCCAAGAAACGUAAAAUUGAUCAAACUGUCUGCGGUUCAUCACAACCAAAUGUUGAAAUUCAUGAAGAAUGCGAUGACACCAAGGUAAAAGCCAUUGAUACUCAUCAAUAUUUUGAGGAAAAGAGUGACAAUUGGGCUGAUAUUGAAGGUAGAAGAAUUGUUGAGUUCAAUUAUGUCAUGAAAUGCGUUGUACGAGCACAAGCUCACCAUUCCAAAUCAUGCCCAGGAGUACUUUGUCUUCAUCAGGAGUAUUAUCAAUCGAUGGUUUCAAUAAUGUGGUUCAAAUGCGAUGAAUGCAAGAUAAUGUUCAAAGUAAGAACCGAGCAGCCUUCGGAACGGCCAAAGUUACGAAAAAGUGUUGUGUGGGGAACAUUGUGUUCAGGUGGCACAUAUACACAAACCAAGCAAUUAUUAAGCUUCUGCGAUAUACCAUUUAUGCCGGUUAAAACAUUUUCUUUGGAUGAAAUGGAAAUGGACACCACACUUCAGGAAGCAGUUGAUGAAUCAACUAAUAAAGCAGUUGAAGAUGAAAAAGCAACCUAUUUUGAAGAACUCGAAGCCAGUAAUCAAAACGCACCACCCGAUCAACCUGUGAAAAUCAAGGCUUCUUUGGAUGGCAGCUGGGCAACUCGGAGCUACGGGACCAGGUAUAGUUCUGCAUCGGGCUGUGGCGUAAUUGUGGGUGAAAAAACUGCGAAAAUAAUUCACGUGGGGUGUCGCAACAAGAGGUGUUCAGUGUGCACUAGAAACUCUCGUCGAAAUAAUGAGAAAGGUUCUCAUAAGUGUUACCGAAACUAUGUGGGAUCAUCUGGUGGAAUGGAGCCGGAUAUUAUGAUUGAAGGGUUCCAAGAAUUGGAAAGAAAAGGAGUUUGGAUAACAACUUUAAUCACCGAUGGAGAUUCUACUACUGUAGCCAGGAUUAAGAAUGCUAUUAAGUACGGUCCAUCCAUCGAACAUCAGUUGUGCUGUAACCAUGUUUGCAAAAACAUGGGAAAAAAACUGCGUGAUGUAAGUUACCUUCUUUAAAUAACUAACUUUUUUAUGACUUUGGUUUUUUGAGUAGAUAAAAUGUCCCAAAGACGUUGCUGAUUUGGUAUCUUCAAGCAUAAUACGCAUCUCGCGUGGAGUUCGGGCUGCUAUAGCUCAUUGUGCGACAGCAACUGGAGGAUCUGAUGUUGAGGGACUCCGCCAUGAUAUCAGAAAUGUACCAGCACACGUUUUCGGUGACCACCGAAAAUGCCGAGCCUACUUUUGCACGAAGCCGACAGUUGAAAAUGAGUGCCACAUAGAUUUGCUUCAGAAAUAUGGUGUGUUAUCCAAAAUCCAAAGUGUGGUUGAAGCGGUUGCUGCCAAAGCUGAAUUUCUAAAUCACAACAAGACCAGUAAUACGUGAGUAAUGGCCUUACCCAAGUAGUCACGGUGCUGAAGCCUUAUUGCAUGCAGAUAUACGGUUUAUUUGGGGCUAUCAUUACUUUACAAGCAAAAUAAAGGUUGAUUGAAAGUGGAAAUGGGCAAUUUCCACUUUAAAUCAACCUUAAGUUUGCAUGUUAAGUAAUGAUAGCUUUAAAUACAUCGUAUAUCUCUACAUACAAUACAGCUUCAGCACCGUGGUUACUUGGGUAAUUACAAAUCGAACUGUUUCUAUAACGAUAUGUUUUUAGCUCUGAAAAUGUCUUUUCUCGCUUGUGUAAAUAUAAUGCUGGUAAGAGGUUGAAUUUUACAAGUCGAGGAUCGUAUCAACGAAGAGUGCUGAUAACUGUUCUGCAGCAUAACGAAGGAUACGCGUGGCACUCAACGUACAUGAAAAAGUAUAUAGGUUCCGAUCCUUCAAAGCUUAUUUUCCAAUUUGCUGCAGAACAAGAGCGGCUAAAAGCAGCUACACUGAAAUCAAAGAUGCGGUCUGACUACAGCAGAAAGCCAAUGAACAUCAAUGAAAUUGAGCAAGACUACGGCGAAAAAGCUGUAGCAGUUGCUGCUCGUGAAAUCAACAUCGAUGACGAAAUACCUACUGCCAAACAAAAGUUCAUGGUACGAAUAUUUUUGUAGAAUCAUACGAUAUCCUUAAAUCAUCCUAAUUGCACUAUAUUGUUGUAUGCGUUUCAGAUGACUGCAGAAUCGAACGAGAAACUCCAACAUAAUAUGAGUUUACCUGAAAUGGAAGAGUAUGCCAAGGGCAGAAUUUUGCCAAAAUUUGUUGCAGAAGUUGUUGGGUCGACAAAGAAAACUUUGCACCAAAAAUGCGAUAGCAUUCUGAUGACAACUAAUACUUGGAAUUUUAUUAAACAAAACCGAUCCAUAAUCGGGCCAAUAACUGAGGCUAUCAAUGAAAGGUUUGGUUACAAAAUCGGUGGCAACAAGAUGUUUGUGGAUAGAUGCCACAAUUAUAUUUGCUGUAUUCCAGAUGGUAUUCCUCCAUUAUUUCAAAAUGUAAUGUGAGGUUAAUUGUACAUUUAUAAUGUUUUUUUUUCUUUCAGGAGUGUCGGAAGAUGGAAAAACAAUUAUGAUUGUUAAGAAAAAAGCUAUCAAAGGACCGAUCAAGGAAAAUGCAGCAAAGCUUGGAUGUAAAUUAAAAGAUGGUGAAAUUGUUUUUGACAGAAAAACAACCUGCGAAGUCCAAGUUUCGCUCCACGCUUGUGAAGCAGAAAAUGCGGUUGUAUGUUUUGUCAACAGUAACAACAUUGAUGAUUAUUUGGUGAAGAAAACUCCAAUUGAUCCCACUUUUUUUGAAGAAAAAGUGGAAGAAAUUAUCAAAGAUUUCUUCGAAAACAUACUAAUUCGUAAAGUGGUAGAAAACGAAGUCCACGUAAAGAAUUGAUUUUUUUGAAUUGCAUUAUUAUUGCUUUUUUGGGCUGGGAUGUUUUGCUGCUGUUAUCGUAUAUUAAAUGACAUCAAACGCGUUUAUUCUCAGUUUCAUUGCCGGGGUCAUACAUGAUCCCUUCGGCACCAAUGAGUUAAAACUGUUAAGUAAAAUAAUAAAUAAAAGUUUUUUUUUCAAUCGUUUUCAAAAAUUUAGAUUUAAUAAAGAUAAUUGGUCCAAAUAAUUUGUUUUUUUUUGUGGCUUUGAUUUUUUGUCAAAUUGCAAUACUCCCCAUUUGUAUCCAGAACCGUAAUUCGCAUGUAUUUGUGUCAACACCUCAAUUUUUAUACAAGAUUGCACCACCACAAAUACGUAGAUUGAUGAUAGCAAUUUUAUUUCACUAACACAUUGUCAGCCAGGAUUGCUGGAUAUUUGAGCCUUAAAUUGAAAAUUGUUUCUUGGGAAGUGGCAUAUCGUGAGAAUACCUUCAAGGUAGAUUUCACCAAAUUUAUAAAACGUCCUAGUUUUGAGGCUGUUCACAAUUUCGUUUUUCGAACUGUUGGACUGCAACAAUGGCAAGUUAAACGACUGCAGAUGAGCCACAUACACUAUUGUGUGUAUGUGAAAUGUGUUGAUCUGCCUACAGCUCUCCAAGUAGUUGAACAACACAACGAACGCCAUGAAUUGGAAGUCGACGGAACACGGUACAUGGUCUGUCUGGCGAUGGAUGAUCACCGUACAGAGGUCAAGAUACAUGAUCUCUCCGAAAACGUUACGAAUGCUGAUAUUGCUUCAUACCUUCAACGGUACGGAGAUGUGCACAGUGUAAAAGAGUGCGUAUGGGGACAAAAUUUUGCCGGCAGCGGAAUUUGUUCUGGGGUGCGUGUUGCAUUAAUGACACUCAAAGAGCAUAUCAACUCAUUUGUCACAAUAAAAACAGAACUAAGUUUGGUUACUUAUACCAACCAGCCAAAAUCAUGUAGGUACUGUAAGCAACCGCUACAUACCGGAAGAUCUUGUGUGAGCAAUAAAAAAAAUACACAGCCAAUAAAUCAACACAAGGACCCACUGUGCGAAACUCGCCCCGCACAACCAACUACAACGACCAAAGCUGAUGACGCACAACACACUGCGAAACGGAAGAAAGAUCACGCCCAGCAAAUACAACCGCAAACUGAAACCACAACGAAUGAGCGAUCGCCACCAAGGAAAAAAACUGAACUUCGUCACGAAAUGGCAACGACACCAACAAAGCAGAUCGACAAACAAUACGUGCUGGACAAAGUAGAGGAUAGCGAAAUGGAAACGUGUAUUGAUACUGACUCUGAACCCGAUCCAAAAGAUGUGGAAGGAUGGCUAGCCGUAUAUAGCAGACGAUCACGACGGAUGGAAAAAAAGUUGGCAGACUAUGAAAAAUUGAAUACGAAAUUAUUGUAGAAUUUUGAAUAAAGCCCGACCCGAAUGAUCCUUUGGAUUA